CGGCGUGACGUCAUCAGCGCUGCGCCGGGAGCUGUGUAUGAAGAAGGGAGCUGGUGCUGGGGCUGGGCGAGCGAUGGCCGUGCGGAGCGGGGAGAGGCGCUGUGUGUGAGGGAUGCUCGGGGCGGAGUGGGCCCCCAGGCACACACUGUGACACUCUCUGUGAGUGUGUGAGCAUGGGAAUCCUCUUCUCCAAGAUAUGGAGGCUGUUCAGCCAUCAGGAGCACAAAGUAAUCAUUGUGGGAUUGGAUAAUGCAGGGAAAACAACAAUAUUAUAUCAGUUCUCAAUGAACGAAGUUGUGCAUACGUCACCUACAAUAGGCAGCAACGUGGAAGAGAUAGUUGUUAAUAACACACGAUUUCUGAUGUGGGAUAUUGGUGGUCAAGAAUCCUUACGUUCUUCAUGGAAUACCUAUUAUACAAACACAGAAUUUGUAAUUGUCGUUGUGGAUAGCACAGACAGAGAGAGGAUUUCAGUAACUAGGGAAGAACUCUAUAAAAUGCUGUCACAUGAGGAUUUGAAAAAAGCUGGUCUGCUAGUCUUCGCAAACAAGCAGGAUGUAAAAGAGUGUAUGACUGUAGCUGAAAUCUCACAGUAUUUGAAGCUUACGUCUGUGAAGGAUCACCCCUGGCAUGUACAGGCUUGCUGUGCGCUGACUGGAGAAGGAUUGUGUCAAGGACUCGAAUGGAUGAUGUCACGGCUUAAGUCGAGAUGACCACAGCUGCCUGUGUAAAGAGACAUUGCAUUCACAACAUACUGUAUUUAUGGAUCCCUGGUCUGCUGCAAACUAACCAAGAUGUAUUUAUAAUUGUGUCCCAGAGGUUUCACUGUCAAGAGAAAAAUGGCAAAAAAUUUCCCCAAAGGAAAAUUGCUUUUACACUUAAUAUUUCCCUUUUGAGGAUUCCAUUGCAUUUUUCACAAAAAAAAAAGCUGUGAUUGGCAUAAUUGUAUGUUUUAUUCAUUAAUGGCAGGAAGUCAAAGUAGAGAACCUUUUUUUUUUUUUUAGUUGUUUGGACAGGUCUGACUGUUUAAGGAGUAAAAUGUAACUUUUUGCCUGGUAACACCUAGCAGCCAAAUUAAAUUGUGCAAAUAAGGACUAAUCAGUAUUUUAAUUUGAUUUACAAGCAGAGCCUAGAUUAUGUACAUAUCUCUUUAUUUCCUGUGUUCUUGCAUGCUCAUAUGUUUGUACUUCUGUAUGUAUAAAAAGAAAAAAAAAUUGACUUGGUAACUAUCAAAUGGCACCAUGGUGACUGAACCCUUUUUAUUCUGGAAAGCUGAACAAUGCACUGCGGCAGUGUGUACCACUGACAGGGUUACGUGAUGUAAAUAUUUUCUUCCUCAUUUUGACUAUUUGUUCAUUUCAAGCAGAUUGAUAUGAAUGGUCUUUUAUUUAUUUCAUUAUUUUAAUUUUUUUUAAAUCCCAAGCCUGUUUUAACAUUUUGACAGUUUGAUUUCUGCCAUGAUCUAUCUAAACCACUUACACAGAAGAAACCUACAUUUUUAAUAAUAAACUAGGGUGUCGAGAUGUC